AUGCAUGUUUCGAGGUGUUUGAAGAGCAGUGUUCUGGAGGCUGUGCACUUUGGAAGGAUAAGCUACAGUUCUGGAUUAGAAGUCCAAAAACAGUUCUUUGAAAGGAUAAAAAAAGCUAAAGCUUACGGUCGUGUUAGAAGGAACUAUUUGCUGUUGUUGGAACACGAUCCUGUUUAUACAGUUGGGCUUAGAAGUCAUGUGUAUUCAUCAGCGGAGGAGGCUCGCUUGAAGAAACUGGGAGCCUCGUUCUACCGCACUAAUCGUGGAGGAUUGAUUACCUUUCAUGGACCGGGUCAGUUAGUUGCUUAUCCCAUUUUUGAUUUAAAUUCUUUGGCCGUCCGUAGUGAAGCAGAGUCUUCAGUAAAGGUUGGUGUUCGCCGAUUCGUGUUUUUGGUCGAAGAAGCUAUUAUUCAGACGCUGCACAAAUUUGGAUUAACUGAAGCUGCCCGGUCAGAAGCAACGGGUACUGCACUGAAUUGUAAUACGGAUUUACGAUGGUUUCAUGAAAUAAUCCCUUGUGGCCUGGUUGGGAAGGAAGUUACAUCUCUAACUAAAGAGUUUGGCAGAGAAGUCUGCGUGUCAGACUUGCUUCGUCCACUGAGCGAAACUUUUGCAGCAGUUUUCCAAUGUACUUUGGAGUUUCAUGAUAAUUGUUUAAGUUCAAGCAAUUUAUUGAGCAUUGGUUGA